AUGAAGCUCUUGUUAACGCUCCCACCGCUUGAGCCCGCCAAAUUCCUUGUGGAGACCUAUUUCGACCGGAUCCAUUGGUUUACGCUCGUGUUCCACCAAGAUGACUUCAGGAAGAAGUUCAGAGGUCUCUAUAACAGCACCAGCAGUCAUCCGACACCCAACAGCGCCCAAUUCGGAUUCAUGAAUGUGCUUUUGGCUGUCUUUGCGAUUAGCCUACAUUACGUAGGAGAGGAGCAGAAACGAAGCCUCGUUGCUUGUGGAGUGGAGCCGCAAGCCUUGCAAGAAAACAUUCUUACCGCCUUAAGGACAAGUUUUCUCGACAUUGUUGCCUUAGGAACCAUAGAGGCGGUGCAGACUUGCACACUACUUGGCAGCUACUAUCUCUAUCAUGGAGAGCCAGAAUCCGCUUGGCCAAUCUGCGGGUGUGGUUUACGUAUAGCUCAAGCACUGAACCUGCACCGGAAGACAGCAGCACAGGAUGUGCUCAAUAGACAGGCUGAAGAAGUAAGAAAGCGCUGCUGGUGGGCUGUAUACGAAGUUGAAACGUUCUGCUCCAUGCUCUACGGCUUCCCUCUUAGCAUCUCCGACCGCGAUUGCGAUGUUGAUAUGAUGGAUCCACAUGACCGGUCCUCGAGUUCUGUAGAGGGCAAAAUGCCCUUCGAAACGACUCUCCUGUCGUACAAAAGCGCAACGUUAAAGCUCUCGGUCAUUGUGAAGGAUGCUUUGAUCGACCUCUACAGCACAAAUCAAGGGUUGACAAAACAAGCGACCUCAGCUUCGAAAAACACGUCGCGCCUACAAUGCCUUAUCUACAAGGUCACAGAUUUCGACAAGCGCCUUCAGCAAUGGCACGCAGACCUCCCGAACGAACUAAGAUGGAAGGAUUCCGGUGUGCUCUCAACUCAAGAUCAUCUCUCUUCCGAAACGUACCAUAGCACAAGUCCUCAUGACACGGCGUUUGAACACCACCUUUUCCGAGUGCAAGCGCUUGUACUACAGCUUGCGUAUGAAAAUGCCAGGAUUCUCAUCCGUAGGCCAUUACUCUCCUACAAGAUGGUUGUUCCAGGCGACUCCACCAAUGACAGCCCGUCGCAAACCCUCGACCCAUUCCAAUCUUCCAUCAAAGCAUGUAGAGAAGCGGCACUCAAGAUCUCCAACCUUGUAUCUUCUCCAAUAUGUAAAGAAGCGUCCAACACGUAUGCGCUCGCUUUCAUCUGCGUGCACCUACUCACGGCGGGAAUUACAUUGUCCAUCAUGACGAGCUUGGAUCCGCUUAGCAAAGAUAGUCAUGAGUGUAAGAUGGGCGUGAGGAGCAUAAUGAAGAAACAGACACAGCUGAAAAACAAAUCGAUUGUCGCGGAGCAGGGGCUGCAGGUGCUGGAGAAGUUGAUUGAACUUGUGCUCAAGAAGGAGAUGGACAAGAUGCUAGAAAUCGAAGUUCCUACGACCAAAGGAGCGAGGAACGAACCAAGGGCGAUUGAAGAGGAUCGCACAGCGAGCCAGUCACUAACACAUCCAAACGAUUUGACUAUACCACAGGCUUCGGAACGCGUAGUCCAAGAGGAUCUCCAGCCGGCCGACGAGGCAGAUCAUUCGGCAGAUUACGAAACCACUGGUGAUAACUAUUUCGAUUUUUGUGAAGACACAUCGAUGACUCAAGCUCUAAUGGAUCUUGGUUUAAUGGCGAGCGACGGCCUUAACGGCUCCGUCGGUGAUUUCAGCAACUCUUUUUCUGAUCAGGGCUGCUCCACAGACGAUUACUUCAUCAGUCAAGAACAGGGAUGGAUAUGGGCAUCAAAUCUCUGA